UUUAAUCUUGAGUAAUUUGGCCUCCAUAGUAAAACUAUAUAAAUCAGUGUUGGUCCGCGGCUGCGCGUCAUCGCGCCUCCGGCUUCAGUUCAGCGCGUGCGCUCCGCGGCUCCCGGUUCACCGUCUCCUCCUCGCGAACAUGGCGGCGCCUGCGCUCUCCAGCCGGGCUAGUUCAGCUGGCAGCAGCCCCACCGCCACCCCGAGCAGCACCAAACACGUCCCGCAGGCCCCCGAGCUGGACUUCAGGUCCGGAGCCCGGAUAGAGGAGCUCAACCGGCUGAUCGCCGAGUUCAGCAAGCACGAGCAGCGCGAGUAUGACGACCAGCGCGCGCUCGAGAUCCACACGGCCAAGGACUUCAUCUUCUCCAUGCUUGGCAUGGUGCAGAAGUUGGACCAGAAGCUCCCGGUUGCCAAUGAGUACCUGCUGUUGUCCGGCGGGGUACGGGAAGGUGUGAUUGAUAUGGAUCUGGACGAGUUGACCGUAUUUGCGCGGGGAGCCGAUUACGACAUGGACUUCACGUUACUGGUUCCCGCGCUCAAACUCCACGACAGAAACCAGCCGGUCACGCUAGACAUGCGUCAGUCGGCGCUCUGCCACUCCUGGCUCAGCCUGCGUCUGUUUGACGAGGGAACCAUCAACAAGUGGAAGGACUGUUGCACGGUUGUAGACCAUGUUAACGGUGCCACCAAUUACUUUUUCUCGCCCACGCUGGUGGCCGACUGGUUCUACGAGUCCAUUAGUAUGGUCCUAGCGGAGAUUCAGAAGAAGCCUCAGCGCGGCGUCCCUCGGGUCGAGAAGGUCGAGCGCAAUGCAACCAUCAUCUCCAUCAUUUUGGGCGUCGGAGGCAGUCGGAUGCUGUACGAUGUGGUUCCAGUAGUCUCGUUCAAAGGAUGGCCAGCGGUUGCCCAAAGCUGGCUAAUGGAAAACCAUUUUUGGGAUGGGAAAAUCACGGAGGAGGAAGUGAUUAGUGGGUUUUAUUUGCUGCCUGCGUGCUCUUCUACAGGCCAGAAGGAAAACGAAUGGCGCUUGUCGUUUGCGCGCAGCGAGGUGCAGCUGAAGAAGUGCAUCUCUGCGAGUCUCAUGCAGGCGUACCAGGCUUGUAAAGCUCUGAUUAUUAAGCUUCUCUCUCGACCCAAAGCCAUCAGUCCGUAUCAUCUGCGCUCGCUCAUGCUUUGGGCCUGCGACCGCCUGCCGCAUACGUAUUUGGCGCAGGAAGAUUACGCCGCGCACUUUUUGCUUGGGUUGAUCGAUGACUUGCAGCACUGCUUGGUGAAUAAAACCUGCCCGAAUUACUUUAUCCCGCAAUGCAACAUGCUAGAGCACCUCAGCGAUGACACGGCCAUGCUUCAUGCGCGCAAGUUGUCGUCUGUUCGCUCCGACCCAGCAGAACACCUGCGAAGUGCAAUAGAGCACGCUAAAGCCGCGUCGCGACUCACGAUGGAGCUCCAGUGGCGCGGAGGAAGCUCAAACCUGUCGUCUCCUCUGUUAGAAACCGGAUCCGAUCAGCAACCAGACGACCGGCUCGCGAAGAAACUCCAGCAGCUGGUCACGGAGAAUCCUGGGAAGUCCAUUUCAGUCUUCAUCAACCCAGAUGAUGUCACGCGACCUCACUUUCGCAUCGAUGACAAAUUCUUCUGAAGCCACGCCCACUGAUCUGAUUGGGUGCUUCAUGCAGAUGACCUCACAUUUCUACUGAUGACCAAUUAUUCUGAAGCCACGCCCACUGAUCUGAUUGGGUGCUUCCUGCAGAUGACCUCACAUUUCAAUUGAUAACAAAUUAUUCUGAAGCCACACCUUCUGCUCUAAUUGGGUGCUGACUGGGGAUAAGCUCAAUUUUACAUCAUGAUAAAUUUUUCUGAAACCACGCCCCCUGAUCUGAUUGGUUGGUGCCUGCAGGCGACCUCAUGUGAAUUAAUUUUUGCAUCGAUCCUUUUAUUCUGAAGCCACGCCCCUUGAUCUGAUUGGGUGCAUACUGGGGACGAGCUCACUUUCGCAUUGAUGACAAAUUCUUCUGAAGCCAUGCUCUCUGAUCUGAUUGGCGCUGAAUUUUUUUUUUUAAGAGUCCCAGAAGCAGUAAGCCUUGUGUUUUGCACAGCGCUGGAGAUGUUAAACGCUUCAGGCUCUGAAUAUGAUGUUAAAAAUGGACAUGAUCUUGUUUCACUGCUGCCAGUUUGAAGUUGUUCAUAUCUGUUCCUCCCCAUUACGGAUGCUCGGCCUUUACGGGAAAGAUAGAGAGAGAGCAGGAGAUUUCUGAAAGGAUGUGGGGGGAGGACGGUUUGUGAUUGGCUCACGUGGAUAACAGGAAACCCAUAACUCCACUCAGAAGUGCAAUUAGACAAAAUGUGUUUAUACGCUUUACUUGUAAGUACACUGUAACAUGAUACUGUAAACAAGCUGUUUAAGACACCGUCGUUUCACAAACACACUUACAGAAGAACUUAAUUCUCACAAACUGCACAUUACAAACACACUCCCUGUGACUAUAGAGGUUUUGUUUCAUUUUAGGUGAAUCUCAUGUAAACAUUUCCAUAUAUCAUUCUACCCCCCCCCUAAAAUGCUAUGAGUAAUUGUUGCAUUAAAAAAAAGCCUCUUUUAGAACUAGUUUUCGUUAUGACAAAAAAAAAUCAUGACAUUUAAACACAUUUUAACCCUAAAUGGACCAUUUUAAUGGAGUUUUAGUAA